AUGUUCGGCACGAGUUCGCGCGUUUCGAUAGAAUCAAACGCCGAGAAGAUCGCACAGUCUGUCGUGUUGCUUAUUGAUCACUGUGCCACUGAGAACGGCGAUGCCUGCUCCCGGCCCAGGUCGAUCGACGCUGAACUCCCCUGGCCCCCACGAAAGGCGGAAGAUCAAACAGGACACCAGGCUGAGAGUGGUUCGGGGAUUUGCUUACUCGAGAUCAAGCGCGACAUGGCCCAGCUCCUCUCGCGGUUAAUCGUCCCAUGUGAAGGCACCAGGUCUCAGUUCAUGAGCAUGCCUUUGACGCACCCACAAGCGGCAAGCAACAUCCCUUUGACGGGAUUACUGCGGCAAUGA